GGCUUUCGUUGUCUCUGGCAUAAUUCAGUUUCAGUUCAGAAUUCAGUUCGAUCUGAUCGCUUCAUACGCAAUGUGCUGGAUUUUGCUGCUGGGUUGCCUUUUUGCGUGGCACCAACACGCGAGUGCACAAUUUCUGGAGCCCAACUGCGGUUAUCUGUCACCGGAGGCGCUCCAAAAUAAGCAGCAUCAGGCGCACAUAUCGGAGAGUCCUUGGAUGGCCUACUUGCACAACUCUGGCCAGCUUGUAUGUGGCGGCUCCCUCAUAAAUCCUCGAUUCAUCCUGACAGCCGCACAUUGCAUAAGCGAGGAUCAAGACUUGACUGUGCGACUCGGCGAGUUCAAUAGCUUAACUAGUGUUGACUGCAACGGCUCCGUUUGCAUGCCACCUGCAGAAGAUUUUCAAGUAGACCUGGCCAUCAGGCAUGGGGACUACUUCAAAUUCAAUAGGAUCCACGACAUUGGAAUACUCCGACUGGCAAAGUCUGUGUUGUACCAAGUUCACAUCAAACCCAUAUGCCUGACUACGAAUACUACGCUUCGCAGCCGCCUUGAAAGGCGCCACAGGCUGGUGGCCACUGGCUGGGGUCGCAGUCCCUCUGAAUCCGCAAACCACAUCCUCAAGUCCAUUCUAGUGACCAGAUUGGAGUGGAGUGUGUGCAGCGAAACGUACAGGGUCAACCGCCAAGUGGGUCAGAUCUGCGUGAGUCACGAGUCCGGAGUGGCAUGCAGCGGCGACUCCGGAGGACCCAUGGGCCACGCGGUUCGCCACAACGGCCAAGUGCUCUUCGUUCAGGUCGGAAUCUUCAGCUUUGGCAACUGGAAUUGCCUCAGCCCCGGCGUUUUCACAGAUGUAAUGGAACACAUCGAUUGGAUCGUUGGGGUCGUUAAUAGCUAUUAACUUUUGGAGAAUGCAUUCUUUUCCCAAGCUCAAUUACCAGCAUAUUUCACAGCGAGGAACCAACAAAUAAAGAAAUAUAUUCUAAUUACAUUUAAAGUAAAUGAUUUUCAAACUGUGCCCCAAAAAAAAUUCAGUGCGCCAUCUGACGGCUGUUAAGGGAACAUUAAUUUUUUCCGCUUCCUUUUCAGCGACAUCUGCCGUUUGUUGGUACUCAAUAUGUAAUUUUUACAUUUUACACAUCUUUUACACAGUUAUUUCUUGCGACACCUAGCGUAAAUUACAAACACUUACGUGUAAGACACAACACUUUCCUCGCCACAAAUCUAGCCCAGACUCAAGCCACUUGCUACAUAUGGUGAAUUUCUUAAUUUCUUAUCCAUCCUCCUAAAAGUGUGCAACAAAAACAUACAAAGAAAAAACGCCCCCAAAAGUAUGCUUUAAAUAUUAGCACCAAAAUUUUGAAUACUUUUUUGACAUUUGUGGUGUCAAAUAAAGGAUGUAAAACUAGCUGUAACUAAAAUAU